AUGGCCAGGAAAGAUGCCAGCAAUGUGCGCAUCUCGGCCUGCGAUGCGUUUAUUCAGUGUCGGGCAAGCAACGAUCACAGGGGAAAAGAGGGCAUGGUCAAUUUCCAACCCAACUCUGAGAGCGCGACACAGUCUAUGGAGAGUAUUAGCAGCAGCCCCACUUCUCCUGCGUCGCCCUUUCCACUGCAAUACAGCAAAGCCUUCUUCUUGGACCUCAUCCCAGAUUACAUAGAAGGCGUCUAUCCAGUACAGCCAGUCAUCCCAGAACAUGAACUACGGCAGUACAUCCAUAUCAUGGACACGGACCAGGAAAUCCGCUCCUUCAUCUAUUCCUUCGGUGGCGCCACUCUCAACUUGACGCGUUAUGGAGACAGUCGAACAGAUAAGGUGGUGCAUACGAUUGGCCACCUAAUGGAUUGCUCGAUUGAUAUCUCCAAGGAGGUGACGCUGCCUUUUUCUAUAUGCGUGAUGCAUAUAGCAAACAUACAACUGCUUCGUAUCGACAACCCAGAACUAGCAGCCACGCUCUCACCCCCGGAGCGUUCUCGCCGCCAGCGCAUGUAUUGGCAAGCCUACAUCCAUGAACGAUUCCUGGCUAUUUUGGACUACCGCCACGCUAUAAUGCCCCCACUGUAUACACUACCAGAAGACGAUUGCACUAUUCCCGUCCAGGUUCACGAAGGUUUCAAUCAGAUCAUCAAGCUAUUCCGUCUCCUAGACACGGAUUUUCUGCAGUCCUGGCUGGACACACAGGCUAGUGGCAGUACUGGUACUGUGACGAGUUCGUGGGUAGAAUCAAAGUCACGCGAAUUAGAAGGUGACCCAGAGACCGAUGCAAGAGAUCUUGCAAACCUGUCGGCCAUGCAACGCGCCGAUCUAACCAUAACGCGAGAAUGGCUUCGCACCCUUGUGUGGCGACUUGCAAUGGGCCAGACACUACUCUCAUCUCGCUCAUCUAAAGAAUGCUUAUCGUUGCUCUUCCCAAUCCGCCUCUCGCAAACACUACGCCACCAGGUGUCUAAUAUGUCACGCCAAGACAUCGGAGUUCAUGGCAGCUCUAUAACGCAAAAGCUUUUUGAGAUAACGGACACUAUUGCUGAUGUACUCAUUCAUGUGCCAGCCGCCACCCUCGACGAAACUGCUCUUCGGAUAGACGACUUCCUAUUCAUCCUCGAUUUCGUAUUAUUGUUCCCACAGCUCGACCAGACACGGCGAGGUAUCCUGUUGGAAAAACUCGAACGCUUGCAAACCAUGUUUCCCGAAGCUGUAAGCAACGCAAGCAGUCCAAACCUGCCAGUGGACAUACAAAGUCCAAUGGGAAAUGAUCCGUGGUAUCAAGUGACACAGAGUAAGACUGCAGCAGGGUUGGAAGAGAUUGCUGAAGCACAGGCUGGCAACACAACAACCGAGAUACCACGAUUGGAGGUCAGACAUGGACAGUUGGCAACUUGGAAUGUCAUUUCGAAGAGACUCAGCAAAGCGACGUUUGGACCGGCAUGA